CGAUUCCGAGUAUCUAGACGCCAGUGGGAGACGGAGAUCCAGACAGGUGAGCCUCGCGUUCGGCAGGCGCCAAGGAUGGAGUUCGUGAAGUGUCUCGGCCACCCGGAGGAGUUUUACAACCUGCUACGAUUCCGCAUGGGAGGCCAGCGGAAGUUCAUACCAAAGAUGGACCAGGACUCGCUCAGCAGCAGCUUGAAGACGUGCUACAAGUAUCUGAAUCAGACCAGUCGCAGCUUCGCCGCUGUUAUCCAGGCGCUGGAUGGGGAAAUGCGCCACGCAGUGUGUGUGUUUUAUCUGGUUCUCCGCGCUCUGGACACGGUGGAAGAUGACAUGACCAUCAGUGUGGAGAAGAAGAUCCCGAUGCUGCGCAACUUUCACACUUUCCUCUAUGAACCAGAGUGGCGCUUCAUGGAGAGCAAGGAGAAGGACCGCCAAGUGCUGGAGGACUUCCCCACGAUCUCCCUGGAGUUUAGAAAUUUGGCGGAGAAAUACCAAACAGUGAUUGCUGACAUCUGCCAAAAAAUGGGAUGUGGGAUGGCAGAAUUUGUAGACAAGCAUGUGACCUCCAAACAGGACUGGGACAAGUAUUGUCACUACGUUGCUGGGCUGGUAGGAAUUGGCCUUUCUCGUCUGUUCUCGGCCUCAGAGUUUGAAGACCCCUUAGUUGGUGAAGACACAGAAUGUGCCAACUCAAUGGGUCUGUUCCUGCAGAAAACAAAUAUCAUUCGUGAUUACCUGGAAGACCAACAAGAAGGAAGAGAGUUUUGGCCUCGAGAGGUGUGGGGCAGAUACGUUAAGAAGCUGGGAGACUUUGCUAAGCCAGAAAACAUAGAUGUGGCCGUGCAGUGCUUAAAUGAACUCAUAACCAACACCCUGCACCAUAUCCCCGACGUCAUCACCUACCUGUCAAGGCUCCGGAACCAAAGUGUGUUUAACUUCUGUGCUAUUCCACAGGUAAUGGCCAUCGCUACACUGGCUGCCUGUUACAACAAUCAGCAGGUUUUCAAAGGGGUAGUGAAGAUUCGGAAGGGGCAAGCAGUUACCCUUAUGAUGGAUGCUACCAACAUGCCAGCCGUCAAAGCUAUCAUACAACAGUAUAUAGAAGAGAUUUAUCACCGGAUCCCCAACUCAGACCCAUCUUCCAGCAAAACCAAGCAGGUCAUCUCCACCAUCAGGACACAGAGCCUUCCCAACUGUCAGCUCAUCUCCCGAAGCCACUACUCCCCCAUUUACCUGUCGUUUGUCAUGCUCUUGGCUGCCCUGAGCUGGCAGUACCUGAGCACCCUGUCCCAGGUCACAGAAGACUAUAUGCAGACAGGAGAACACUGAUAUUUUUAUUUGGCUGGAAGCCGAAGUUCACAUGAAAUGGUUUAACCUUCCUCCUGGUGGAUUUUGACUUCCCUUUCGCUUUCCCUACUUUAAUCCCUCGGAGAACUAUGUGUGGGACCUUUAGAAACUGCGGAGGAAAGGACGCCUGCCCCCAGCAGCCUGGUGCUUGUUGGGUUGUGGUCUGCCUCUUGUAGCCAUUGGCAGCAUGCUCACUGCUGCACUUUAGAUGGGGUGGCCACACGUGAUGGUCACAAGACCCUAGUGAACCUGGCUAGAGUAAUAAUUGAAUUUAUUUAAUUUGAGACAGCCUUUGAAUACCUAUCACAAUAGAAAAUGAAGUGACUUUUCCUUCCGUCUUGUUCCUGUUUUUCUCACCAGCUUGACAGUGAAAGGCGUUACUCAUCAUCGUUCUAGGUGAGGCUGCCAAGCUUCCCAAGAGUGCAGGUGUCUCUUUCUCACUCAAAGGGCUCUUAAGCGUCCAUCAGUGCCAUUGGUCGCUUGUCAGAGCGUGGCCUCCAGUAAAAGCUUUUGAUCUUGAGAUUUUUUUUUUAAUAUUUAUUUAUUUAUUAUAUAUACAAUAUUCUGUCUGUGUGUAUGCCUGCAGGCCAGAAGAGGGCACCAGCCCUCAUUACAGAUGGUUGUGAGCCACCAUGUGGUUGCUGGGAAUUGAACUCAGAACCUUUGGAAGAGCGGGCAAUGCUCUUAACCUCUGAGCCAUCUCUCCAGCCCCUGAUCUUGAGAUUUUUAUAAUAGCAUGUCAGGGCUGGAAUAUAACUUGGAAUAUGACUAUUGUAUAAUAGUUGCCUAAUAUACACAAGGCUUGUUUUAGUUAGGGCUUCUGUUGCUAUGAAGAAAGACCAUGACCACAGCAACUCUUAGAAAGCAUUUGAGGUGGCAGUUUAUAGUUCAGGGAUUCAGUUCAUUAUCAUAGUGAGGAGCAUGGCAGCAUGGAGGUAGACAUCGUACUGGCUACAUCUUGAUCAGAAGGCAACAGGAAGUUGACCCAUUGAGCGGUAUCCUGAGCAUAUGAAACCUUAAAGCCUGCCCCCACAAUGACACACUUCCUCCAGCAAGGCCACUCCUAAUAGUGCCACUCCCUUUGGGGUUAAGGGGCCAAUUACAUUCAAACUACCACAAGGCCCUACAUUUGAUCCCCAGCACCACAAAGUAACAAAUUAAAAACCCCUUGUAAUGACUGAGUUUGUAAAAUGCAGGUUACCUGGAAGACCAGACAGAUGAUAGUGAUUUUAAGGCCCCCGUCAUCUGUCGCCGCAACAGAGGGCUUGAUGGCUACCUGGUGUUACUUGUGGAGGAGCAGUAGAUCACCUUGCUGCUCCAGCCUGCCACUGGCAUCUGCCCUACCAGCCUCUGAAGACCUUUGUUUCAGUUUCCCCUCCCAUGUUUUUAUACUGAAAUUCAAGAUAAAGGACGGCAGACAUGAAGAUCAGUUCUCCUAUAUAAGGUAGUUUUGUUUUGAAUUCUAACCUGGUCUGCUCCAUUGUCAUGAUGGCCCCUGGCUACCUGUGUAUCUGAAGCCAGCGAUACAGGCAUGACAGCAGAGAGAAUCUAGGCAACAUGCUGGCUUGUUUCCCAUUAUAACACAACACCUGAGACUAGCUGCUUUUCCAAGGAAAGAGGUUUAUUUCCUUUAUAGCCUAGGAGGAUGAAGAUCCAAGAUGAGGUGGCCCCAUCUUUAGUCUCUGGAGGGCCUUAUGGGUAAUAACACCACAUUGGUGGAAGACAUGCAGGAGAGGGCACAGGAAGCAAGAGACAGUCAAAGCCCAGGCAUGUUGACAGUCUUAAACUAGCUCAGGUUGGCCUGGAAAUCUCUGUAUCCUUGAGCUUAAUGAUGAUCCCCUGCCUCAGCUUUCUGAAUGCAAGGGUUCCAGAAAUGAGCCAUCCCAUUCUUGGUCUCAGAACUAACUCUGGAAGACAAGCGUUGACCCCCUUUGAGGACAGUACCUCCAAAACCUUGCACUGUGCCUCAGCCGUCUCACUGCCAUGCUGUGGACCAAGCUUCCAGCAUUUGAUCUUUUGGGGGACCCCAUGUAUGUAUAGCACACUCUGCACCCCUGUUCAGCCUACUGGGUACGCAGACUUCACCACUGAGGUACCUCAGCCAGCAUGGCGGUUCAUGCAGCAUUUUAUGCAAACAGAUUUCCUUACUGUGACUGGGGUACCACGGGGCAUAGAGACUUCAUUUAAUUGGUUGUUUGCGGUUCAACCUCGGACCAGCAUCACCCUGUUGAAACUAGUCAAAGUAAUGCAUUACAUGAUUCUUUAACUUCUCUUCAAAAGAAACACAAACAGAAAAGCUCGUCCUUUCUUACAAUAAUCCCAGUACCUGGGAGGCAGAGGCAGAAGGAUCGGGAGUUCAAGGUCAUUCUCAGUUGUGGAGGUCAGCUACAUAAGACCCCAUCUCUAACAAAACCCAAAUACUUUUCCCAUGGCAAUAAAGCACAGGAUGCCACGCUCCCCUUGAAUUCCAAAUAGUUUUGUUUAUAUCUAGAUUAAUUUAGCAUGGAACAUUUCUAUAAAGCCAUUUAUCUGAAACAUAUAAUAGUUUACAUCUGACACACCUACCUUACCCCCCCCCCCCCAUUUGUUAUUUUGUUGCUAGGCACUGAACCAAGGGUCUUGCUUGGAACAUAUGUUGGAGAAGCCCUCUUUCUACCAAUGAGACAGCCCCAGUCUGCUUCAGACUCAAUGGAAUUUAUAGCAUUUCCAGUGUAGCCACUUGAUUCCGUAAACAUUGGAGUGUGCUGUCUUCCUCAGAAGCCCACCUGUGUCCAGCCAUUAUGGCCACUGGAAGGGCCUGGUCUACCUUUCUGGAGCCUCUGAUUAUCUGCAAAUCAUACCUGGAGCAGCCCCUUGGAGGUUUCCCCCGCUGCGUCAUUUUUCAGGAUCUCUGUAACUUUCACUAAGGUUCAGUGUGUACGUGAUUGCUCUGGAACCAGACUUCUGACCAAGUAAGUCUAGCAUGGUGCCUGAUGAAUUCCUGGGAGGCAUGAAUGCUUUCGGUCAUAGGACCUGUUUGAAGACCACUGCCCAAAAGUUAAUGUACCUGAGAAUGACCUAGUCAGGCAGCAAAUGACUACUUGAAGGCCUGGCACUAACUGACCCUGGCUCAGUUUGAGGAUCACAUGCAACACCAGCACUCUUACAGCACAGUGCGCCAGUUUAACAUGUAGAAAGGGAAGGAUGUGUAAAAUCUGAACCAUCAAAGGCCCUGUGGGCAGGCUGAAAAGGAAAUGCUCUUCUAUCUACUUUUUUGAAACAGGGUCUCAUUGUAGACCAGCCCAGGUAGGCCUCAAACUCCCAGAGAUUCUCUUCCUCUGCUUCCUGAGUGCCCAUUUGUCAUUUUUUACCCAAGGAACAUUGCUAUUGACUUGGGCACAGGCGACAACCCACAGGUAAUCUGUUUAUGGAAGCCAUCCAGAGCCGUCCCCAAGUGUACAAGGCAGGUUUCUCUCCUGGGCUGCUUCUCUUGGCCCGUCUCCACAGGCUCUAGGGUAGGAAUGGAAUUGCAGGAGGGCAUGUGAUGAGCUAAGACAGGCAACGGAGGAGGAACUAGUUGAUGCAGGUUAGGGACAAGAACUGUCUUGCAGUACUGAAGCCCCAGCAUCCAAGCCAGGUUAACCUCUGACUCACGUCUCCAGCACUCAGCAGGCUUUAAGACCUCAAUAUAGUUCUGAUCCCUAACUUAGGGGAAGACAAACUUCCUCAGCUUCUAGAAAGAACCAGCCCCUCCCACUUAGCAGGAAAGUAACAGGUCAGGAUAAUAAAGUGAAUGCUGAUUAGGGGGAAGCCUCCUGUUCUCUCUGAACUAAACUAUGAUUUUAUAAAUGAAUUCCUUGACCAGCCAUGUAAUUCAGUGACCAAGAAAACUUAAAACAUGGUGCACAAGCUUUGGCUCCACCCCAAGGAGAUGGGGCCCUCUAGGAAGGUAACAGUCCGCUCUCACGUGAAAUAUACACAGCAUGCCGGGCGUAGUCAAUGUGCAGCUCGCCUGUCUCCGAGCAGGAAGACUCCAAGGCUGAGCGCAGCCCUGGGGAUGGCUUAGAGAAGGGUUUCGGAGGGUGAUAGGAAACUAAGGAGAGAGGUACAAAUAGCUUGAAAACGCGGCCCAGGAGGCCACGAAGCAGACGUCAGGCAGAGGGAGAACUGGUUUAUUGGCACAGUCAAUAAACUUGUUAAACUGACAGGGUGAAGUGGCGACUCUACAACAUAAAAGAGGGUUCUUGCCAGACCAGCGUCACUGUGGUGUGUCUGAGGUCAGUAGGUCACCCGGCAAACCAGGACCACUUGUUUUAAGCCAUACAAUUAGGAGAGAAUCUGUAGAACUAGUACAGCUCUUCAACUAAUUAGACCUGUUUGUUUCACAUACUCAGUUGAGGUGCACAAAAAAAAUAAAAA